UGCAAGAACAUCUCUUCAUGUUAUGAACACUGUGUCACAUCCCAAGGUAAUGACACAACUAUUCCAAAAACCAAGUUGUGGUUCAGUUGCAGUUGAUGGGGUUGGUUAAAUGUUAUUAUAAUAUAAUCUAUUUGCUCUUUUGAACCUUUCCUUUCAGAGGGAGUCCGUGAAUUAGAUUGCUUUGGUAAACAUCUGGGCCUCAGUAUGAUCGGCUGGAAAUGUGUGUGGACACCUGGAAAACAACAAACACACAGAUACACACUCUGUACAGAACAGUAAGUUAUGUAGAACACACAGUAGGCUAAUUGAAUGUAUCUCUGUAGUUAUAUAAUUUGAUUGUUUGCAUUUAAGGGUGCACUGAAGACAAGAUAUACAUUUUUUAAAUCAAAUUAAUGAACUACUAAAUCUUAUUCAAUUUGAUAUUCUUCACAGGAAAAAGUAUAUCAAAAUGCAUGCAAACAUACUGGGGACGUCUCAGACUAUUAAGCUGUCCAAAAAGCUUUACAUGAUAGCUCAUGUAUUUGACGAGAGUGAUUCGAAGAGUUGCACGAAGACUGUUUUCAGAGGUUCACCUCAACAAUUGGGUACGUUUAUGUAAUUUUUUUGUCAUUUUAGCAGAUGCUCUUAUUCAGAGCGACUUACUUAUUUUUCAUACUGGCCCCCUGUGGGAAUCGAACCCACAACCCUGGCGUUGCAAGCGCCAUGCUCAACCAACUGAGCUACACGGGACCUACAGUAUGCAUCUAUUCCCUUCCACUAUGUGAUAGAAGGGUAGCCUAUGGGUUUACAGCAACCAUAAGAUGUGAUAUGACCAGUCCUACCUCUAUAUUGUUAUACACAAAAUAUAGUAUAACAGUAUAACAAUGAUAAUUUAUCACAUAGCCUAUGUUGUCUUAAAAUUGUAGUUCGAUGCGGCCCCCCAUCUAAUGUACACUUCAAUCGCCAUUCAAGAAAGUUGGAUAUCCAGGUCUCCUGGAGGAAGGAAGAGACCAAAUAUAUCCCCCUUUACUCUGUGAGAUACAAGGAGCUGAACAGCCUGCCAUGGAAAGAGGUGGGCUUCAAAAGUCAGAUAUGUAAUGUACUGCCUGCAGCUCAUACAGUGCCUUCCAAAAGUAUUCAUUCCCCUUGGCGUUUUUUCCUAUUUUGUUGCAUUACAACCUGUAAUUUAAAUUGAUUUAUUUGGAUUUCAUGUAAUGGACAUACACAAAAUAGUCCAAAUUGGUGAAGUGAAAUGAAAAAAAUGAAAAAAUAAAUAAUGGAAAAGUGGUGCGUACAUAAGUAUUCACCCCCUUUGCUAUGAAGCCCCUAAAUAAGAUCUGGUGUAACCAAUUACCUUCAGAAGUGAAAUAAAGUCCACCUGUGUGCAAUCUAAAUGUCACAUGAUCUCAGUGUGUGUAUACAGUGAGGGGAAAAAAGUAUUUGAUCCCCUGCUGAUUUUGUACGUUUGCCCACUGACAAAGACAUGAUCAGUCUAUAAUUUUAAUGGUAGGUUUAUUUGAACAGUGAGAGACAGAAUAACAACAAAAAAAUACAGAAACAUGCAUGUCAAAAAUUUUAUAAAUUGAUUUGCAUUAUAAUGAGGGAAAUAAGUAUUUGACCCCUCUGCAAAACAUGACUUAGUACUUGGUGGCAAAACCCUUGUUGGCAAUCACAGAGGUCAGACGUUUCUUGAAGUUGGCCACCAGGUUUGCACACAUCUCAGGAGGGAUUUUGUUCCACUCCUCUUUGCAGAUCUUCUCCAAGUCAUUAAGGUUUCGAGGCUGACUUUUGGCAACUCGAACCUUCAGCUCCCUCCACAGAUUUUCUAUGGGAUUAAGGUCUGGAGACUGGCUAGGCCACUCCAGGAACUUAAUGUGCCCACCAAAGCAUAAUGUUUCCACCUCCAUGUUUGACGGUGGGGAUGGUGUUCUUGGGGUCAUAGGCAGCAUUCCUCCUCCUCCAAACACGGUGAGUUGAGUUGAUGCCAAAAGAGCUCGAUUUUGGUCUCAUCUGACCACAACACUUUCACCCAGUUCUCCUCUGAAUCAUUCAGAUGUUCAUUGGCAAACUUCAGACGGCCCUGUAUAUAUGUGCUUUCUUGAGCAGGGGGACCUUGCGGGCGCUGCAGGAUUUCAGUCCUUCACGGCGUAGUGUGUUACCAAUUGUUUUCUUGGUGACUAUGGUCCCAGCUGCCUUGAGAUCAUUGACAAGAUCCUCCCGUGUAGUUCUGGGCUGAUUCCUCACCGUUCUCAUGAUCAUUGCAACUCCACGAUGUGAGAUCUUGCAUGGAGCCCCAGGCCGAGGGAGAUUGACAGUUAUUUUGUGUUUCUUCCAUUUGCGAAUAAUCGCACCAACUGUUGUCACCUUCUCACCAAGCUGCUUGGCGAUGGUCUUGUAGCCCAUUCCAGCCUUGUGUAGGUCUACAAUCUUGUCCCUGACAUCCUUGGAGAGCUCUUUGGUCUUGGCCAUGGUGGAGAAUUUGGAAUUUGAUUGAUUGCUUAUGUGGACAGGUGUCUUUUAUACAGGUAACAAACUGAGAUUAGGAGCACUCCCUUUAAGAGUGUGCUCCUAAUCUGAGCCCGUUACCUGUAUAAAAGAAACCUGGGAGCCAGAAAUCUUUCUGAUUGAGAGGGGGUCAAAUACUUAUUUCCCUCAUUAAAAUGCAAAUCAAUUUAUAACAUUUUUGACAUGCAUUUUUCUAGAUUUUUUUGUUGUUUUUCUGUCUCUCACUGUUCAAAUAAACCUACCAUUAAAAUUAUAGACUGAUCAUUUCUUUGUCAGUGGGCAAACGUACAAAAUCAGCAGGGGAUCAAAUACUUUUUUCCCUCACUGUAUAUACACCUGUUCUGAAAGGCCCCAGAGUCUGCAACACCACUAAGUAAGGGGCACCACCAAGCAAGCGGCACCAUGAAGACCAAGGAGCUCUCCAAACAGGUCAGGGACAAAGUUGUGGAGAAGUACAGAUCAGGGUUGGGUUAUAAAGAAAUAUCAGAAACACUGAACAUUUUUACAUUUACAUUUUAGUCAUUUAGCAGACGCUCUUAUCCAGAGCGACUUACAGUUAGUGAGUGCAUAUAUUUUCAUACUGGCCCCCCGUGGGAAUCGAACCCACAACCUUGGCGUUGCAAAGGCACCAUUAAAUCCAUUAUUAAAAAAUGGAAAGAAUAUGGCACCACAACAAGCCGCCCACCAAAACUCACGGAACAGGCAAGGAGGGCAUUAAUCAGAGAGGCAACAAAGAGACCAAAGAUAACCCUGAAGGAGCUCCACAGAGCUGGGCUUUACGGAAGAGUGGCCAGAAAAAAGCCAUUGCUUAAAGAAAAAAAUUACACGUUUGGUGUUCGCCAAAACACAUGUGGGAGACUCCCCAAACAUAUGGAAGAAGGUACUCUGGUCAGAUGAGACUAAAAUUGAGCUUUUUGGCCAUCAAGGCAAAUGCUAUGUCUGGCGCAAACCCAACACCUCUCAUCACCCCGAGAACACCAUCCCCACAGUGAAGCAUGGUGGUGGCAGCAUCAUGCUGUGGGGAUGUUUUUCAUCGGCAGGGACUGGGAAACUGGUCAGAAUUGAAGGAAUGAUGGAUGGCGCUAAAUACAGGGAAAUUCUUGAGGGAAAAUCUUUAAUAAGACUUAAAGAUUGCUGAACACCAGCGGAACCCAUCCACCUUGAAGGAGCUGGAGCAGUUUUGCCUUGAAGAAUGGGCAAAAUCCCAGUGGCUAGAUGUGCCAAGCUUAUAGAGACAUACCCCAAGAGACUUGCAGCCGUAAUUACUGCAAAAGGUGGCUCUACAAAGUAUUGACUUUGGGGGGGUGAAUAGUUAUGCACGCUCAAGUUCUGUUUUUGUCUUAUUUCUUGUUUGUUUCACAAGAAAAAAGAUGUUGCAUCUUCAAAGUGGUAGGCAUGUUGUGUAAAUCAAAUGAUACAAACCCCCAAAAAAACCAUUUUAAUUCCAGGUUGUAAGGCAACAAAGUAGGAAAAAUGCCAAGGGGGAUGAAUACUUUCGCAAGCCAGAGAUGGCUUAUCGACUUGAAACAAACUGGCGUGAAUAGUGAAACUCUUGGGGACGGUUUCCCGGACACAAAAUAAGACUAGUCCCAGACACAGAUUAAGCUUAGUCAAUGGAGAAUCUCCAUUUAAAGUGCUUUUUAGUCUAGGGUUAGGCUUAAUCUGUGUCUGGGAAACCAGCCCUAGUAGUCCAAGACUGGAAAAGACCAAUGCAACAAACAAAAAAAGUUAUACAAACCUAACCUCUUAUUUAUGUUUUUUAUAGCUACCAGUGCAAUCCAAGAAUAUAAAUAGGUGCACUGUGGGUAAUCUUAACUCCUCACUGUCCUAUGAGGUGCAGAUACAGUGUGUGGCCAACAAUAAAUGUACACAGUGCCCCUGGAGCGAGGCUUUCACUGUCCCACCGGGUGAGUUUACCUUUUACCUAAAACUAAAAUCUGGGAUCCAGAAAUAGGCUUAAUCAAUUGUCCACUCUACUGAUUUACAACAUCAAAUAAGCAAAAUGUGUCCAUUGUGUCCAUUUCUUUUCUUCUCUUUUCUAAGAACUUACUGAUACGCCUGUCAUUGAGAUGGUAAAAGAUAGUCGUCCACAAACCAAAGGGAGGAGAUUAGUGAUCAUAAAAUGGAAGGUAAUUAAUUUCCCCAUGAGUAACUUAACCUUACAAUGUGCAAAUUAAAAAUAUGUGAAAAUAGUAAGUUUGUGAGUAAACUGAUGUAGGUAGACAGUUAUAAAAGUGAACAGUUUAUUGCACUACAUGAUAAACUGAGUAUACAAAACAUUAAGAACACCUGCUCUUUCCAUGACAUAGACUGACCAGUUGAAUCCAAGCUAUGAUCCCUUACUGGUGUCACUUGUUAAAUCCACUUCACCCAAUGUAGAUGAAGGGGAGGAGACAGGUUAAAGAAUGAUUUUUAAGCCUUGAGACAAUUGAGACAUGGAUUGUGUAUGUGUGCCAUUCAGAGGAUGAAUGCAAGUGCCCUUCGAACGGGUUAUGGUAGUGGGUGUCAGGCGCACCUAUACACGUUUCCUGUGUGUAUCAAGAAUGGUCCACCACCCAAAGGACAUCCAGCAAACUUGACACAACUGUGGAAAGCAUUGUAGUCAACAUGGGCCAGCAUCCCUGUGGCACGCUUUCGACACCUUGUAGAGUCCAUGCCCCGACGAAUUGAGGCUGCUCCUAAUGUUACUAUAAUAUGUAUAAUAUAAAGCUUGAUCCUACCAUUGUCCUGUACAUGUUAGUUUGCAGCCAGUGAGUUAGCGGAGGGCUACAGUGUUUCUGUGGGGAAGGCCUCAGGAGAGGACCCCAUUGAGACCUUCAACACCAGCAGGCCCCUACUCAUAGUGACCCUGUCUCACUCAGCAUACCACCUCAAAAUCACAGCUCUCAAUGGGGCUGGGACCUCACCUGCAGCACAGAGCACUAUACAGCCACUGGACGACAAAGGUAGAAACACCUAUCUACUGUUUUGCUAUCCUCGAAUACAGGGAUCACAGACUCCGGCCAUGUCAGAAUGUAUUCACUAUGUUGCUUGAGCAGUAUUAUGAGUUAUGAGUAAGUUAUGAUGUUGCAUUAGAAUGACCUUACUAGUUGCUCUCAUGUGUAGCAGCAUGGUAUCAGUCUGUUGAAGUGGGAUGUCUCGGAGAUAUCUCAGAUGCAGGAGAAAGGACUAUGACGUGUUGUUUGGUUUGUCUCUACAGACUUAUAUGGGAAGCUGAAUGUGACAUUCAAUUGCAACACGUCCUUUACUGUUUCCUGGGUGGAUGACCUGAUCAAAACCUACUCCUGCUUCUCAGUGGAGUGGUGGAAGAGAGGAAACAAAGCUGCUCACAAGUCCUUCUAUGAGGAUGAGAACAAUUAUAAAGUCAUACCAUUGCAGGGUAGGGUACAUACCUCUCUUUCCUGUGUUAACAUGAAAACAACAGAAUUCACAUAUUCUGAUUGAUACAGCACAUUAUCAUAACCAGAACUACACAGACAUUGCAUGUUUAACAGUUAUGAGCUCCCUCCCACAAAUCCAGUUUGACUUAAUCAAAGAUGUUUCCCCAUCUUGUUGUAUGAACUAAAGAGCCAUUAGAGCUGUAUAAGAGGUACACCUUCACUCUGCACACGAGGCCAGACAAAGAGCCCUGCAACCUGAAGUUCAUCAACAACAGCGAGAGCACCUACGGGAGGGUCCAGGCCUACUUCACUGAAGGAUGUGAGUCUGAAUUUUCUUUUUUAUAUACAAUAAAUAUUUUGAUUUUUUACAAUAAACAAAAACAUACAUCGUUUCUAAUGCUUGUAAGACUUUGCCCCAUAUAACUUCAAAAUGUGUGAUGUUGUUUGUCUGUAGCCAGAUUCUUUCCCAUAUUUAAUCCUUAAGAGUCUAUUGACGUCAAUCUAAGUAGCAUAAUACAAAAAUCCCCAUCAGAAUCUGUCAGUUUAAGCUAGAGAUACAGUAUCAGUUUUUUGCUGCAUCUCAGUCCACCACAUCCGCCUAUCUCGGUGGAAGGUGGCCGAGCUACAGCGGUGUUUGUCAGACCAUGAGACAUGCUGAAAAUCGGUCUUCUCACAAACGUCUAGCGUCCUAACGGUUUGGAAUAAUACAUUCUAUACAUUAGUUUAUACUGGAUUAUGCAUACAUUUUCGUUAACUGUAAUUUUGUUUAUGUUCCAACACUCCAUCUUGUGCCAAUAUCAGUUAUUUUAAAGUCUUGGUUCCAAUAGUUUAUAUAUUUUUCUAAGAGAUUGUCAACCUCUACAAGGUUUUGUGUAUAUUACCCAUCAUAUGAGUAUAUUUUUCGGACUCAAAUAUGAUUCCCUCAACAUUGCUCGGAUGUCCAAAAGCUUUUAGGUCAACAUUUCGUGAUAUAAAACUUUUAAGUUGCAUAUAUUAUAUUUCCAAUUACCACGUCAUUUACGGUUUCUGUGCCUUUAGUUUCCCAUGUGGGCCAAUUUAUCGGUGAAUUCUGAAAACCUAUCCAAGGAUUGUUCGAUAGGGGUGUGUUUUUAGGGAGUGAUAUUGGUUCUUCUUCAUUUUCUUCUAUGUUGUUAGAAUGUUCUUAACUACAAAGUUCUUAAUGUUUCUUAGCUCCAUCCUUUGAAAACAUAUACAUGAAAAGAUUCUGGGGGUGAGCAUGUGCAUCUUCAAUCUGUACCCAUUGUUCCUCUUUAGUGCAUUUAACAAUAUGUCCCAAGUAAAAGCCUUGGGUGGCGAGUUGAUAGAAACCAGUUAGUUAAAACCACCCUCAGAUUUAGGGACAUCUGAUCAUCACACAAACGCAUACCAUAAGCAAAGACACAGGGAACCACUUCAUGUACUUAUUAACAUGUUAUAGUGUACAUACCAUAUAUGACCGCUUGAGCAACUGCAUGUCCCAAUCAAUCAACCAACCACCCACCCACCAACCAAUUAAUCAUAAAUGCAUUGCGAUCAGAUUCAGUGUAUUUUCCUCUCAGCCCCCCUUAGUGCCCCAGGGAACAUCAGCAGCAGUAAUGUUACCCAUAGUUCCAUGGUGCUGAAGUGGACAUCGGUCCCUGAGGAGGACACCAGAGGUUUCCUGCUGGGCUACGUCCUCCACUACACAGAGAGCCCGCAGGACGGAACAGACACUGAAACAAGUAAGAUUGUGAACAUCGAAUGAAUCAAAAAGGAGCCAAUUGAUGCUGGCCUUAGAGACUUGCAGUGUGAGUAUUCGUAGAAUGCGAGCAGAGUAAAGUACAGUGUGUGCAACUUAUCCUACUGUCUUUUACAUGUCAUGGCACGUAGACGGUUUUAUAAUUUGUGGCUAGUAUCCAGACCCCUUCACUUUUUCCACAUUUUGUUACGUUACAGCCUUAUUCUAAAAUGGAUUUAAAAACAAUACCGCAUAAUGACAAAGCGAAAACAGGUUUUUAGAAAUGUUUGCAAAUGUAAAAAAGUAAGAACUUCCAUUUCACAUUUACAUAAGUAUUCAGACCCUUUGUUAAAGCACCUUUGACAGCGAAUACAGCCACAAGUUUUCUUGGGUAUGUCGCUACAAGCUUGGCACACCUGUAUUUUGGGAGUUUCUCCUAUUCUUCUCUGCAGAUCCUAUCAAGCUCUGUCAGGCUGGAUGGGGAGCGUCGCUGCACAGCUAUUUUCAAGUCUCUCCAGAGAUGUUAGAUCGGGUUCAAGUCCGGCUCUGGCUGGGCCACUCAAGGACAUUCUGAGACUUGACCCGAAGCCACUCUUGCCUUGUCUUGGCUGUGUGCUUAGGGUCGUUGUCCUGUUGGAAGGUGAACCUUCAUCCCAGUCUGAGGUCCUGAGCGCUCUGGAGCAGGUUUUCAUCAAGGAUCUCUCUGUACUUUGCUCCGUUCAUCUUUCCCUCAAUCCUGACUAGUCUCCCAGUCCCUGCCGUUGAAAAACAUCCCCACAGCAUGAUGCUGCCACCACGCUUCACCGUAGGGAUGGUAUCGGCCAGGUGAUGAAUGGUGCCUGGUUUCCUCCAGACGUGACGCUUGGCAUUCAGGCCAAAGAGUUCAAUCUUGGUUUCAUCAGACCAGAGAAUCUUGUUUUUCAUGGUCUGAGAGUCCUUUAGGUGCCUUUUGGCAAAGGUUCUCCCAUCUCCACAGAGGAACUCUGGAGCUCUGUCAGUGACCAUCGGGUUCUUGGUCACCUCCCUGACCAAGGCCCUUCUCCUCGUAUUUCUCAGUUUGGCUGGGCGGCCAGCUCUAGGAAGAGUCUUGGUGGUUCCAAACUUCUUCCAUUUAAGAAUGAUGGAGGCCACUGUGUUCUUGGGGACCUUCAAUGCUGCAGACAUUUUUUGGUACCCUUCCCCAGAUCUGUGCCUCGACACAAUGCUGUCUCGGAGCUCUACGGACAAUUCCUUCAACCUCUUGGCUUGGUUUUUGCUCUGACAUGCACUGUCAACUGUGGGACCUUUUUAUAUAGCCAGGUGUGUCUUUCACAAAUCAUGUCCAAUCAAUUGAAUUUACCACAGGUGGACUCCAAUCAAGUAGUAGAAACAUCUCAAGGAUGAUCAAUGGAAACAGGAUGCACCUGAUCUCAAUUUCGAGUCUCAUAGCAAAGGGUCUGAAUACUUAUGUAAAUAAGGUAUGUUUUAUUUUUAAUACAUUUGGAAAAAUUUGCUAAAACCUGUUUUCGCUUUGUCAUUAUUGGUUGUGUGUAGAUUGAUGAGGAAAAUAAAUAAUUUAAUCCAUUUUAGAAUAAGGCUGUAACGUAACAAUGUGGAAAAAGUGAAGGGGUCUGAAUACUUUCCAAAUGCACUGUAUGUACAGUUACUCUUAGAAGUCAAGACUUCCUGCACACUAUCAGAUAUUACUACCACAUCUAGUUCCCAAAAGGCUCAAGUUUUAAACGAGAACUGUUGUUUAAAUGGUAACUUCCUUAAAAUGAUUAUUGUGGUCUUACUACUACUUAUUCUGAUGCUUCACUGACUUUGACUAUUGUUCUCACUGUAACAGACGUCACUGUGGAUGCUGGUUCAAGCAGCUAUGAGUUGGUGGACCUAAAAAGCAAUACUGUGUACCAGGUCCAGUUGUCUGCCUUCACUGCUGCAGGAAUGGGAGUGAGAAGCUCAGCUGUAUACUUUGAAACCAAGUCAACAGGUUUGCAUCUUGAUCUUUCAUCAGUGGUUAUAUUUUAAUGACAAUCUCUGAUAUCCCACAUUUGGAAUGCCAUUUUGUAUUAAUUUAAAGGACCUGUCCUGCCUGCUUUCCCUCCCCAGCAUCCCUGUCUAUGAGUGGUAUGAUAGCAGGGGUCAUUAUUGGAGUAACUUUACUCUUACUUGUGGUUAAUCUCGGCUCUCGGUUGUUAAAAAGGUACGGUCGUCAUGUUUUUAAGUCAAAGGUGUAUUCAUAUCUGUUAGUGUUGCUCUAUUAACUGUUGCCCAAUGGAAUCCAAGUAAUGGAAACUUGAAUGAAUUAUAUGGUCAUUUGUUGUACUUUCAGAGCAAAGAGACUACUCUGGCCAAGUCUCCCUAAUCCUGGUAACAGCAAUGCCAUUCAGAAAAUAGAUGGGGUCUACAAGCUGGUAAGAAAAAUUGAGUAAUGAUGCAGAACAGAUUUAUUGCAUUUAUGUCUCAGAUCAGACAUGUUGCUGUUAGAUUUUUCCCCUCCGGAACAAUAAAGAUUGAUUGAUUAUCGUAGGAACUCCUGGAGCCCAUCAACAGACAGAAGUUAGAGGAAGAGGAGGUGGACGCCAACAGUCUGCACAUUGUUGACAGAAGAGAAGAUAUGUCUCCCGUUAGCAACCUCCAUAGCAACAGUGACUCGUGUCUACACCUCAACACAGACCACGAAGACAAUCAAGGGCCUUCAGAGACAACCGCAGACUCUGCCGAGCCCACUAAAGUAGACCCUCAAAUCAGCAUGGGUUUGUGCCGAAGAGACACAGCCACAGACAGUAGAGAUCAAGAUCCCACUUCUGACACCAUUAAACCUACCACAGACAGAAGACAGACAGACCCUGUACCCAUUAGCACGGCGGCCCACCAGUGCCCGCAGUUGUCCUUUAUGAGUGAUUACACGACCAUGGAACUCUUCCAACAGGCUAUGCCUCAGUGUGUUCCAGCCACUAUGUCAUUAUCAUCGGAACCCCAGGGUCAGUCAAGCCAGUCAGAGGAAACAGACUCACCCCUGACCAGAACAGGGUUAGAUUACAUACGCCAGUCCCUCUACGAUACUGUCCUCCACCUGUCCCAAGGCAGCACCAGUCCAACUCAGAACACUGAGGUGUAUGUCACGGUUCUU